AUGCCGACUGUUACUGUUGCCUCGCUCAAGAGGGUGUCUGCAAAGGCGCUCUCUGAGAAGAUCCUUGCGGAGGCGGAGCAGGCCGAGCCGAGUCUUGCGGUGAUUGAUGUUCGGGAUGUCGACUACAUUGGCGGCCACAUCAAAGGCUCAACAAACAUCCCCUGCAACCAGCUCGACGCGCUCAUGCCCACGCUCAUCCGCAAGCUCAAGGACAAGAAGACGGUCGUCUUCCACUGCGCGCUGAGCCAGCAGCGGGGGCCCCUCGCGGCGCUCAAGUAUCUCCGCGAGAGGGACGGCCUGCUGGCCGCGCUGGGCGAGGCGCCGCUGGCGGAGAAGCAGGAGGUGUUUCUGCUGGAGAGGGGCUUUACGGGGUGGCAGGAGGAGUAUGGGGAGGAUGAGAGGUUGACGGAGGGGUUUCGGAGGGAGAUUUGGAGGUGA